AUGUUGACUGCAACCUCGACUUCAACAGCACUGAAGAGAGUUUUGGAUCUCACACAUUCGAAUCAAACACAUCCGACCCCGACCGUUCACCUGGCACGAGCCCUAAGCUUUGUUGCUCUGCCCACGUGGCCAGGCAGUCGAUCCCAUGCUCGACACCGCCCCAACGAUGGGCAAGUACGUGUACAUGACCGUUGA